CGCCUACCCCGCAAGCCAAGCCAGGGUCGCCAUAUCUCGCUGUCCGGGCCCCGCCAUCCCCACCGCCGUUUUCCACGCGGUCACAGCUCACACACUCGACGCCGUCGCGCCGAUCUACACCUUCUUCAUACAUUGCCAAAGCACUGAUACCCCCUCCGGGAACGCCCACUUUGGCCAUGUCGAUGCAGAUCCACACCCCCUCGCCGAUCUUAUCGACGCGGAGCAACAGUACAAAUAUGACGUCGCGAGCAUCUCGGUCUCGCUCGAGACCGUCGUCACCUCUUACCGUUGCGACACACCUUCCGAUCACAAGACCACCUAUGCCCCGACCGCCGUCCUGCUCAGAGAGGCUCCUCCGCGACACGCUCCGUCGUGCGGAAGAGCAGGACAGGAUCCUUGCCCUGCAAGCCCUGCCCAGCCCAUCGCUCUUUGGCGCGACCCAACCAGCACAUGGCUUCGUCCCAUUGUCACCGUCAGGGCGUCGCUCACGUCGACAUACGACAUCAUCCAACCCCGAGAACUCUCUGGACGCUUUCACUUACUGUGACACGGGCGCAUGUUAUAGCGACGACGACGACGACCUCCAUGAGGACGCGCGUAAGCAUGCACUCUUGCGAACUCCCUCGACCUCGUCCUCGUCUUCCGGCAAUACCCAAGGUUACUUCAGCCGACCCCUCCACCCCCGUCACCACAGCGACGAUCGUGAAGCUCGCCGUCGCAGCUCAAUGCGUUCCCCUCGCCUUGACAACGCUUUUCCUAACGACUUCGAAGACCAGACAUCUACGUCGUCUGCGCGAACCCAGCUCCAUAGGUCACCCCAGUCAGCGUCGAGUGUCUCGCCGUCCUCGCUUUCUCAGUCGCCUCACGCAUCACACGCACAUUCUGUAUCGAGAUCGCCUGCGGACCCGGCUGAUCCAUGCGCGUGCCAGCCAGCAACAUUAACACCUCAUGAGGCUGUGCUGCGCAGUAGACUCGAGGGCGUGUUGCGGGGUGCGAAGAUCCAUGAGGAGCGCGGGAGUAGAGAGCGAGGAUACCACACCGGCAGUUCUAAUUCCAUGGCGAGCAGCAGGAAUAUAAGUGAAGAGGGCGACUGGUUCUUUACUGUGGCUGAGUCAACUUCGCCAGGCUCUUUGACUUAUUCCACCAGGUCAAGAUCGAGCACGACUCCUGCUCCUGCUCCCGGGAACCAUCAUCAUCGCUCGCCGUCACUGGCGAGCCAAGGGUUGCGUUCGCCUAUUUCGGCGAACGCACCGCUCACGCCGCCACCCACACCCCCCUUCAAUGCGCGCAUUGCCGCUGCGCAGUGCAAGGCGAUGGACGGCUACAUCUCCUUCGCCGACAUCGAGGGCCUCGGCAUGCCCGACGGCGAGGGUGAAGAUCUUGUCGACGAGGAGGCCAAACACAAAGGAGCCGGUUGGCUCAAGUGGCUUCCUCUCGGCCACGCCAAUCGGGACCGAAGCGAGACAAGAUAACUCUCCUUUAAAUUCAUCGCAUGUGUUACUAUGGAUUUCUCCGACCCUAUCUACGCUGUAGAAGACUCGCUUUGCCCCCGACUUCGCGUACAUGUGCUUUGCUCCUUACUCUUACUCGCCUCACCAAGCAUUACUACUCCAUCUUCGCAUCGACCUGCACGACUGACAUCUCACAUCGACCCUGCGCAUACGUACGAGCAACACACAUAAAAUCAGUACCAAGAACCCCAUUGUUAUACAGUAUAAUUGUUUCCCAUCGACUCUACAUUGCAGAUCCGCUCAACACGGAUGCUACCGACAGAUGUUUUCGCAUAAACGUCGAAUCACUUGUCUUGCUCGAGCAUCGUCGGGCUUGUCCCGCCGAAACCCCCUUCCCCUUCCUUUCUUCAUGACCCGUCACGACUUUAACGAUAGCUCCGUUCGCAUCCAAAAGGCGGCGCUGGUCCGGCACCGCGCUGCCCCGUGCUCGUACGUACGCGUUAGUUUGUAUCAUGCACAUCACGGACUUCACACAUACAUAAGUAAACCCGUGUAUAUUACCGCUCUCUACGAACCUUGGGAGAUUUCUCCCGGGCUUGGGGGCAGGUCGGACCUGCCC